AUGAUAAGGAAUAUUUUAAGAGACAUACAUGUGAGGAAUGAUGGUUGGUGUGUUUUGAAGUGCACAAAAAUAAGAAGGGUUCAUAAUAAAGGAGGAUGUGAUGAGAAAAAUCUUGUGGUUAAAAAAUUGUUGGAGAAGUAUAAAAAUUUAAGGAAUGAGGAUAAAGUAAAAUUAAUAAAUAGUCAUUUAGUGAAUAUAAAAGAGAAGGAUGUGAAUGACAUAAUAUAUAAUUUUUGUAAAAAAAGAGAGGAAGAGAAAGAGGUUGAAGAUGAAUAUAUAAAGAGGAAAAGAUUAAAAUUAUUGAAAUUGAGAAAGCCUGCUUAUUUACAACAAAAAAAAAUAAAAAAGAAAGUUAAUAAUGAUUUUAUGGUACCAAAUGAGUAUGAAGAAAAAAUGUGUAUGGAAAAAGAAAAGGAAUUAAAAGAUAUUGAAAAAUAUACAUUAAUUGAAGAUAUGUAUAAAUCAUAUAUAUAUAGUAUAGCAUUUAUUUUAUUAACUAACCAAUAUAAAACUAAACAUUGUAUAACAAAUAAUUUUGUGCAUGUAAUGAUUAAUACGAUAAGAAAUGAAAUUUUACAAAAAAUAAGACCUACCUUAAUAAAUGAAUUCAGUACAUAUAAGAAUCCAUAUAUGUUAUUAAAAAAUGCAAUGUUUAAUUUUAUAUUACAUGAAUAUGUAAAGAAUCCUUAUGAAGAGUCUUUAAUUGAUAGUUAUAUAAAUAAAAAGAUUUAUAUGAACAUCUUAAAAAUAAAUAGUGCAAGUGUACCUGUCGAAGUAUAUGAACCUUUAGUAGCUUUUAGAGGAGAUGUCAAUUAUAAUUAUGAUUUAAAAGAAAAAUUUAAUGUAAUGAUGGAUACUUCCCAGAAUAUUAUAAAUAUAAUUACAAGGGAAAAUAUAGAUAAUAUAGAUAAUAAAAAUAAUAAAAAUAAUAAAAAUAAUGACAACAAUAAAAAUAAUGACAACAAUAAAAAUAAUGACAACAAUAAAAAUAAUGACAACAAUAAAAAUAAUGACAAUAUAUAUGGUCAUACUCAUUAUAAUAAUAACAACAUGAGGGAAGAAGAACAAAUAGGUUCAAUUAUUAUCAAUAAGGUUUUAAAAAUAUUACCAGAAAAUAUUAAGUAUCCCUAUGAAAAUUAUCCAUUUGAAAAUCUUAAAUCAUUCAAAAGUAAAAAACGAAAAAAAUAUGUCGGAGGUAUAAAAAAUAAUAAACCAAUAAAUAUAGAAGAUGAGGAAUUAAGUAUCAUGCGAUAUCCAAAUUUACAAUGCGUAGCUCAUUCCUUGCCAAAGGAUGAAAAAUAUAGAGACAAUGUAAUACAUGCAAUUAAAGUAUUAGAAAGAUCUAAACAUUGGGACCACCAAAGUAAAAUUAAAGCAAUCAAUACAUUAAUUCAAGUGUGGAAUAAUAUGAAUUCUAGUGAAUACUAUGAAAAUAUAUUAGAUAAAUCAUUACCAGUCUUAUAUACAAAAAAUCAUCUCAGAAAAACAAAAACAAGAAAAGAUACUUAUAAUAAAGGUUUAACGUAUAUACAAUCAUUAACUACGCAAAAACCCCUAGCCAUGCGUCUUAAAAAAAAUUAA